UUUAGAUUUGGAAAAAGUGGAAAUAUAAUUAUGGAUAAUUUUAUUUUAGAAAAAAAAUUAAAAUGGAUUCCUUAUAAAAAAUUUAAGGAUGUUGAAUAUCUUAAUGAAGGAGGAUUUGGUAGUGUUUAUAAAGCUAUUUGGUUAAAAGAAAACGGUGAUAUGGAAGUAGUUCUUAAAUGUCCCAAAGAUUUAAAUGAAAAUUUAAGUAAAUUUUUAAAAGAAUGGAAAUAUCAUGAAAGUUGUUUAGAUUCAACUGAAAUUAUUAACUUGUACGGAUUUACAAGAAAUCCAGAUUCGAAAUAUAUGGCAAUAAUGGAUUAUGCAAAUAAAGGCAAUUUAAGAGAAAAUUUAACAAAAAUAAUUAAAAAUAAUUGGAAACAGAGAUUAUAUAUAUUAUAUAAAAUUAUUUCUGGACUUCAUAAAAUACAUGAACAAAAUCUUAUUCAUUGUGAUUUUCAUGAUGGUAAUAUUUUAAAACAUAAUAAGUAUAAAAAUAAUUUAAAAGAUGAUGAAAAUAAAGAUGAUGAAAUUUAUAUUAGUGAUUUAGGAUUAUGUCAACCUUUGGAAUCAUUUUUAAACAAAGAUAGUAUUUAUGGUGUUAUACCAUUUAUGGCACCUGAAAUUUUAAGAGGUAAAUCAUAUACUCCAGCUAGUGAUAUAUAUAGUUUUUCUAUGAUUAUGUGGGAAUUUACAUCUGGAGUUCCACCAUUUAGUGACAGAAAAUAUGAUGAUAUUCAACUUAGUUUAAGUAUUUGUAAAGGUGAACGUCCUGAAAUUAUUGAAAAUACUCCACAAUGCUAUAUAGAUUUAAUGAAAAAAUGUUGGAAUGAAGAUCCAUUAGAAAGGCCAUCUGCAUUAAAAGUUAAAAAUAUCAUUAAAAAUUGGAUUUUUAAUCCUGAAAUCAGUGAUAUAAGUGAUAUAAAUGAAGAAUUAAAAAGCAAUAUUAUGGAAUUUAUAAAUGCAUCAAUUCAAUGUAACAAUUUAAUUACCGAAUCUCAUCCACAAGUAUGCCAUACAAGUCGCUUACUUAGUUUUACUAGUAAAGAAUUGAAUAAAAUUCUUGAAAAUGAAGAUACACAUGUAUAUUAUUUAAGUCAUUCUACUAGUGGAAAAGUGAAUGAAAUUCAAGAAAGCGGAAGUUUGAGAGAUUGUAUCAUUAUUAAUGAAGAUAAUGAAAAAGAUUUAAUUUGAAUUAUUUUUAAAAACUUUUUUUUUAAAUG